AUGGCUGCUGGCGGGCCGCGCCCAUACCGGCGCAUUUUGACGUCUGCCCUGCACCGAAGAUUUGUUCAUGCUUCAGCUUUGGCGCUGCUGGUCAACUAUUUAAUUGCAUUCCUCAUUGGUGAUAAAUCAUCUUUCCUAUGGUCAUGGUUUCCAAUCGGAGCAUGUGGAAUUCGUACAGUCCUCUUGUUCAUCUCUAGUCUCGUUGUCUUCGUCCUGCGUGUUGGGCAGAUGCACAUUGGUUCGAGAACCACCACCUCUCCGCUUUUCACUCUGCAAGACUCCCUCCCGUUUAAGGCGAUCCAGACUACAGGGUGGUAUCUGUUCUCGGCCUGGUGGUUCAGUGAAAUCUAUACGUGGUCGUCUCCUAGAAGCGCAAAUCUGGAAUGGGUAAACCAAGCAAGGCCCCACGAAAGAGUGUCCUUGAACGAGCAGACGGUCUACUUCUACGCCUGCAAUUUUGCCUUAGCAAUUGUGCAGUCGGCAAUCCACUUCUACUAUGAUUUCGAUCUCAUCCCCAUUCCCGUCGCCAAGCCAGCCACUGGUGCUGCUGACCAGCGGAGGCAUCCCGUCUCGCCGAUUUCCAAGCAGAUUCAACAGGCGCUACCUCGAAUUGUCGCUGAUGCAGUCAAGCGGGUGGUCAAAGUCACCGCUAUCCUACCUUUCUUAUACGUGAUCUUUUUUAGGCGCGCAGCUUGGAGCUUCGCUAUGUUUUUCGCCAAACUGUUCUGGAACUUCCCGCAAUCCGCCGCAGACCCUCCAUCACUCAAGACCUUCGGCUUUUGGCAUGUGUUCCGACCUCUGUGGUCGGGGACACUCCUCGUCAUCUGCUGGGAAACCGCCAACCUUUUCUUCUCUGUGUUCCUCAGCAAGGAGCCUCUGAAGAGGGGCCAACCAUUGACAGCAGACGCGAAGGAUCCCAACGGCAGCCUUUUGACCGGAUUAAUUGCGAAAAAAGAAGCCGUUCGUGCCUUUGCUUUUUGGGAGUUGUCUUUCAUCAGUCAACAAUUCCCUGACCGACGUAAGGCGAUCUUCAACGACAUCGAUCGUGAAGGUGCGCCGGCGUGGACACAAAUCCUGCAAUCUGCCAGCGAUGUGAUCAAAGGCGUCUCGGCUCGCAUUGAAGAAGAAACGAAACCUCAACCGGGCUCGAAGCAACCGCAACCAGAGCAGCCGCCUCCCGUUCUACAGACCCUGCCCCGUCUCACCGAAGCGCCCAAGGCGCAAGACAUUUUUGCGCCCUCCCCCAAGGCAACUUCACGCCGACAGCAUUUUGAGGAGGCCUUCAGCACAACUGCCAAGUCUUACGGCCAAUCUACUCCGGACUGGCCAGGUUGGUCACCUGGAAGCAGUCUUCGCGCCCGUGACGCCAUCAACCGUGCCUCGACAUCCUACCGGGAGCUCAAGAUUCUCACGGGCAUGUCGGCCGGCAAACCGGCCAACGUUCAUUCACUCGUCGCCCUUUUCCUGCGCUCCCCAAUUGGCUGGCUGUUUCGACAAACCUAUGCCCGCCGGCUGUCGGCUGUCGUCCUCGGCUCUCCUAAUUCCACCGCAUGCACUAUUGUCGAUGCGAUCGACUCGCUAACUCGUCUUCUCGUGGCUAGUCUCCUGGAAGAUCAAUACGGCAAGGUCCAGGCGGAUGUUCCUGCCGUCGUACGUCUUUACACCGAUACGAUCUUGAUUCUGGAGACGUUCGUCAACAAGGGAAUGAAUGUGCACUGGACAGAUAUCUACUUCCCGUCAGAAAAUAGCCCCCAGGACCAGUUGGAGGCACGACGGGUGCCGGAAGUGGAUCUUGUUCGCGAUGUGUUGAAGCACUCUCUCAGCGAUCUUCUAUCUGCAUUCAACCCUUACCUCAAAGACAUUGGACUUGUCGGAAAAGAUCUCCGGCUAGCCAGAGAGGCAGCUAGUCUUAUUGAGUAUGAGACGUCCACAAAAUAA